AUGGAAUGUGGUUGUCUGCAAUCCCUGUUUGGCAAUACUAUUUUGUUGAAGAGUGAAAGGAGGAUACCUCCAAAAUUUGAUCUUCUAAAAUGCAAUACACAGCAGGGUCUCAGUUCGCUCGAUUCUUUGAAGCUCAAUUUCAGUACUUUGGCAAUUCAACUGAAGUUCGCAAGUCCAUCAAGGCACUUGAUUCAGUUCCAAUCACUGGUUAUCAGAUGUAAUCAUCCUCAAAAUGCAGAUAUUCCUCGCUAUUAUUCUAAAAAAGAGAAGAAGCCAUUUCCUAUACCCAUAGUAGAGUUACGACGGGCUGCCCGAGAGAGGCUGAAAAAUAGUAACGGCCAACAGAGAAGAGGAGCCCCUCCUCCAAAAAGAGGGUUGGUGGUUCAAAGGCUAAUUCCUGUUGCAUACAGGGUAUUUAAUGCAAGAGUAAAAUUGAUUAACAAUCUCAAGAAGCUCUUGAAAGUGGUUCCACUUCAUGCUUGCAAGUGGUGUAAUGAAAUUCAUGUUGGAACUGUUGGGCAUCCUUUCAAGUCUUGUAGAGGAUCGGGUGCUUCAAUACGUAGAGGACUUCAUGAGUGGGGAGGCGCAGCUGUUGAAGACAUAUUGGUACCAGUUGAGGCCUACCACCUGUAUGAUCGUCUGGGGAAACGUAUACGUCACGAGGAGAGAUUUUCAAUCCCAAGAAUUCCAGCAUUAGUGGAGCUCUGCAUUCAGGCAGGAGUUGACUUGCCCGAAUAUCCUACAAAAAGAAGACGAAAACCAAUCAUACGCAUUGGAAAAAAUGAAUUUGUUGAUGCAGAUGAAAGUGAAUUACCAGAUCCCGACCCAGAUACUCCAAAGCCUUCAGUAUUAGCUGAAAUACCUGACAUUGAAAUUUUACCCCCAUGCAGCAAAGAAGAAACGGUAUUGCUCGCUGAGGAAACACUUCAAGCAUGGGAAGAAAUGAGGGGUGGAGCCAUGAGGCUGAUGAAGAUGUAUCCAGUUAGAGCCUGUGGGUAUUGUCCCGAAGUGCACGUGGGCCCCAUCGGACACAAAGCGCAGAACUGUGGGGCUCAUAAACAUCAGCAGCGCAAUGGGCAACAUGGAUGGCAGGCAGCAGUUCUUGAUGACUUGAUUCCACCCCGAUAUGUUUGGCAUGUUCCUCAUAUGGACAAGCCUCUGCAAAGGGAUCUCAGGAACUUCUACGGACAGACCCCUGCUGUUGUAGAAAUAUGUGUCCAUGCCGGUGCUGGUGUGCCAGAGCAGUACAAGCCAACAAUGAGGUUGGAUGUGGGGAUUCCUACAAAUGUUAGAGAAGCUGAAAUGGUUGUUUAA